AUGUCAGCCGCCCGGUCCGUUCCCCUCUACCGCAAAAGGCCACGAGUCUCUCGUUGGACGGAGGAAGAACAACAUCUUUUUCAGACGCUACUCGAGCAAGAUCCCGGCAUUCGUGAUCCGUGGUUGUUUACUGAGCUCCACAAGGAUAAAUUCCCCACGCGAUCGCGAAGCGCUGUGCACAUGAAGUUUCUGGAGAAGACAAUCGGGUACAAACCGGGAAUGAAGACACGGGGACUUGCUGCUUCGCUUAGCGCCGCCGAGGGUUCUGAUGAUCGUGUCACCGCUGGAAGUACUACUAAUACGCCAAGUGGAGGAGGGGGGGUCUCAAUCAACGAUGGUGAUAAUGUACAGGUACAUCAACGCCGGCGCCCCGGCAGACCUCGAGGCCGCCCUCGAAAUCCAACUGGCCUCGCUUCUGUUACAACAACAGAACUGCAGGUCGCCGUGCCCUCCCAUUUGAGCGGACGUGGUCGAGGUGGAGGUGCUGGUUCUCGCGGGGCUCUACGAAGAUCAGGUCGCUCCAGGCCAGCGCCGAGCGCGUUGAGGACUGCUAUACAUACUACUACAUCAAGCAGACCGAGGUGUCGUCAUAAGGAGACUAGCCGUACCUCCGUUGACGAGCGGAGAGCCUCCCGACCUGAUGAUAAUGCGGCAGGUGUCGACGGCAAUCAGGAAAUCGUCGACAUCAGUAGCGACAGCGACGACAGUAACGACGAGCUUAAUCAGCCUCAGAGGCGGAACACAUCCAGGAAUUUUCCAACGACGCCUUUGGUACCCCAGCAGGAUCAUUCUCUUCGACGAAUCCUUCAGCAAUCAGCGGACAGGACACCGGUUAGCGAUGCUCAGAUAACGGAAGCUGUUGACCAGGCGGAGCAACUCUCCCAAUAUAUGGAGUCCGUCGUGAAAGCCCUAAAGAAGAAUAGGGAUGAAUUCAGACAGCAUACCAAGAUUCUGCAGGCCAUGCAGAUGUCUGUGGGCAACCUGGAUACCAAGGAGCUCUUAUUAUGA